UCCGCUGUCAAAAUAAAAACAUGCUUAUUCGCCGGGUGUUUUUCUCCAAAUUUCCCGGGUUUCCCAGCACUAACAGGAGGUUCUGGUCAUCCGUGGCAGCUCCACAAUUGAUUGACUCGCUAACCUCCAUGACGGAUGGAGAAAUCAAUGCUAAUGCAAUUGAUCAGACCCUCAAACUGAACCCGAAGCUCCUGGAAUAUGAUUUAGAGUCGUGGCGAAGGAUUGUGUCCACAUUCAGAAAUCAAGGAUUCCCUUCAUACAUGCUUCUGCCGCUAAUCGUGAACCACCCGCCGAUUCUUCACAGGAGUGCGGAACAGAUCAACUUUGGCCUGGACAAGUGGAACACAAGCCAAUUCGGGGAGAGGAAUAUUAUGAAACUGAUCACGCGGUAUCCUGACCUGCUGGAAAUAUCCAAAAGCGAGAAAUUCAUCUCUGAUCGCAUAGGGUACUUGCAAAUAUACGCAGAAACGAGGAAGAACGUCUUCACGAUGAUCAUGAACUCUCCGUGUCUCAUCACGGAUAAAGUGCACGUAAUUGAUUCCAAGAUCGCGUAUCUGAAGGACACAAUGAGGGUGGAUUUGAGCGAAGUGCUAAAGUCGGAGGUGUUUUCCAAAACGUAUUCGAAAAUCCGCACCCGCCACACGUUCCUAGAUCGCUUGGGAGUGUACAAACAGAGGAGCUACAAAGCAGACGCCAGAGCUAUCAGCACUAAUCCCAAGUUGUAUCAAAUAAUGGAUACAAGCGACAAAACCUUCGCAACAAAGAUCGCCUUUGUCACGCUGGAGGAAUACGAAGUGUUUGAGGAGCUCUACGCCCGCGAAUUGAGGGAGGAUGAGGAAUUUGAAUCAUUGGAGAGUGAUGGCGAUGAAGAGUAAUAAAAUUUAUAAAACAA